AUGGCCUUCAAGGCCAGCCACCUGGAGAGCAAAACCUCGGACCAUGACUCUGCGAUGAAAGUCUUGGAGUUCCUCAAUGACAACCCGGCAGUGUUUGGCGGCAACCGCCGGCCAAUCGUGGAGUUUGCUGUAGAAGACAAGCGAAAGCUACGAAUGCAGGAUGAACUGCGGCAGAGAUUCGAGGAGAAGCUUGCAAAGAAAGGUUCGGCAUCUGAACCCGCUGGCGAUGCAAAAGAAGGCGCGGCGAGCGCCAAAGUAAAAGCAAUCGCACGGAAGAGGAGGCGCAUGCCUCCUGAAGGGGGUGAUACGAAGACGAAGAAGGGCCGUGGGGCCCGUCAGCGAGAGAAGCGGCGAGCACUCAAGGCCGCUGCAGCAGAGCGCAGCGAGGCGAAAGCCAAGCGGAAGGAGGUUCAGCAGAAAAUUAAGGCUUGGCCGCUGACCGGCAAGUGGGUAUAG